UCCACCUUUUUAUUCACUCACACCACUCUCCAAUUCUUUCAUCUCAACCAAACCAAAAAAAAAAAAAAACUAAUAUAACAAAUCAACCAAACACGACGCUAAACAAAACGCAAAUGCAAACACCUGCCACCGGAACACCGAAAGUCCGGCCGCGAUCUGGCCGGACACCACUUCAGCCUAAAAACACUCCUGCUAAUCUCCCUCUCCAUCCUUUCACAAAGCCGAAGCUCGAUCAGUCAUGUUUUGAGAUCACACUAUUCCAGAACGCCGACAAGGAAAACCUUCCGAUCGCGACUCCUCCUCUGGAAACUUCGCUUGCGGAGGAGCUGACCGCGAUCAAGAAGAAGCUGGAGAGAUUGAGAACAGAUAAAGAGAAAACAGAGAAAAAGCUGAAAGAUAGAGAAGCGUUACUUGACGCGAAGAUGAAGGAGAUGGAAGAGAAAAGCGAGAUUCAGAAGAAUCUCGAGAUUCAAGUCGAUCGAUUGUUCCGUUUAAAGGAACUCAAGUAUCGAUGCAUGAGAGUUUCUCCGAUUAGAACUCUUAGAGAGAAGGAACAUGAAAAGAUUAUCAACGAAGCAGCACCAUCGCCAUCACCAUCACAGGUGAAAACAGAGGAAACGGUGACGUUUGAAUCGGAAUCGGAAUCAGAAUCACGAGUUCUUGAGAGUCCUGGUUCAGCUUGUUCACAAACAAAUACUAUACAAACAAAAUCUGAUUAAUGAGAAUGCCGUUUUGGGGAAGUUUUCAUCUAUACAUAAUUUCCUUAUUAUGGCUUUUCUUUCCCCGUUGAAUUUGAAUUUCAUAAUUCAAUUUGUAGUUUUUUAUGAUAUGAUGAUAGUUAUUAUUUAUUAUGAUAACAUUUUAAGAAUGAAAGUGGUCCAGUUUUUUA